GCGCACCUGAGCGCCCCCUGGCAGCGCCGCAUGCCCGCGGCCGCUGUGCUCGCCGCGGCCCUCGCGGCCCUCGCGGCCCUGGGCGGCGGCGCCGCCAGCCUCGGGAAGGCACCGGGGGCGCACGCCGUGCUGCCGACCUACAAGAAAGGCUCAUCUCAUCUGAGGCGGAGCCGGGGCGCGCGGCGCUCCCGCCCCACCCGA